ACAGUUGUUGAAGGCAAAACUAUCACUUUAUAUUGUGAAGCCACAGGAAGUCCAUCACCAACGAUAGCUUGGGUUUUCAAUAAUAUUGUUUCAAAACAUGAGAGUGACACAAAUAAGAACCCUGCUUCUUUUACUAUAAAGAAUGUCUCAUCAAGCGACAGUGGCAUACAGAUUUACUGUAUAGCAGAAAAUACUGUGGGUGAAGACCAAGCUUCUGUCGACCUCACCGUGUUCUUUGCACCAAAUAUCACAUUUCUUGAAAUACCAUAUUCGGACCAUCACUGGUGCAUUCCAUUCAGUGUGAGGGGAAAUCCACAACCAGUCUUGACAUGGCUGCACGAUGGGGCUAAACUGAAUGAAUCAGAAUAUAUCUGGACCAAAAUACAUGUUACUAAUCGGACAGAAUAUCAUGGCUGCCUUCAGCUGGACAAUCCUACUCAUGUCAACAAUGGCAAUUAUACUUUGGUGGCACAGAAUCAAUAUGGAAAAGAUGAAGCCAACAUCUCUGCUUAUUUUAUGGAAGAUCCUGGAGAGCAAUACCUGGAAUGCUGGUUUCCAACCCCAGAUGAGACAGAACUUACAGGUAGUCCGUUCUAUGAUCAUCCUGGUUACAUUGAAGAUUAUGGAACACCAACAAAUGAUUUUGAAGACACUACAAAUAAUAGUAACCAAGUUACUUCUACGGAUGUGUCAAACAAAGACAAUGAAGAUAGCAUCACUGUGUAUGUUGUAGUGGGGAUUGCUGCAUUGGUGUGCACUGGCUUAGUUAUUAUGCUCAUUAUUCUCAAGUUUGGAAGACAUUCUAAGUUUGGAAUGAAAGGCCCUUCUUCAGUUAUCAGCAAUGACGACGAUUCGGCAAGUCCCCUUCAUCACAUCUCUAAUGGAAGCAACACGCCAUCUUCUUCUGAGGGAGGCCCGGAUGCAGUGAUUAUUGGAAUGACAAAGAUUCCUGUAAUUGAAAAUCCUCAAUAUUUUGGAAUUACAAACAGUCAACUGAAGCCUGACACAUUUGUCCAGCAUAUCAAGCGCCACAAUAUCGUCCUCAAAAGGGAGCUGGGAGAAGGAGCUUUUGGCAAAGUCUUCUUGGCUGAAUGUUACAACCUUUGUCAUGAGCAGGAUAAGAUCUUGGUUGCUGUAAAGACUCUGAAGGAUGCCAGUGACAAUGCCCGCAAAGACUUCCAUCGAGAAGCAGAACUGCUGACUAAUCUCCAGCAUGACCAUAUUGUCAAGUUUUAUGGAGUGUGUGUGGAAGGAGAUCCUCUCAUCAUGGUCUUUGAAUACAUGAAACAUGGAGAUCUCAACAAAUUCCUUAGGGCGCAUGGACCUGAUGCAGUUCUGAUGGCUGAAGGGAGUCAUUUAGCUGAAUUAACCCAAUCCCAGAUGCUGCACAUUGCCCAGCAAAUUGCAGCUGGUAUGGUUUACUUAGCAUCACAGCACUUUGUGCAUCGUGACCUGGCUACUCGGAACUGCCUGGUUGGGGAGAACCUACUGGUGAAGAUUGGAGACUUUGGGAUGUCAAGAGAUGUAUAUAGCACAGAUUAUUACAGGGUUGGUGGCCAUACUAUGUUACCUAUUCGUUGGAUGCCACCUGAAAGCAUCAUGUAUAGAAAAUUCACCACGGAAAGUGAUGUCUGGAGCCUUGGCGUUGUUCUCUGGGAAAUCUUUACCUAUGGCAAACAGCCGUGGUAUCAGCUCUCAAACAAUGAGGUAAUUGAGUGUAUUACUCAGGGCCGCGUCCUACAGCGACCUCGUACCUGCCCAAAGGAAGUAUAUGACCUGAUGCUUGGGUGCUGGCAGCGGGAGCCUCAUAUGAGACUCAAUAUCAAAGAAAUCUACUCUCUCCUUCAGAACUUGGCCAAGGCCUCACCAGUCUACCUGGAUAUUCUAGGGUAGAAAUUCCUAGCACUUCCUUGUAUGAAGUGUGUGAAUGAAUGUUUCCGUUGCAACUAAACUCCAUUACAAUGUGUUAUUAACUCUGGCAGUAUUAAAUGCAAAGAUACGGAGAAGCUUUCAAAGGGCAAGCUGUGUGCAUCUCUUCUUCUGUAAACACAGUAUUGACAUUGUGACUUUACUGACAUAGAUCUCUUCUCCCCUUCUGUUCUCUUUCCCCUCAAUUUCUAUUCAACCAGGCUUCUGCAUUAUUAUAACUCUGCAUAGACAAAGGCCUUAAGAACCUGAUCUGUUUUAUCAGCAGAUACUCGGUUUUGCUCAUCACAGCUUAAAUGCCUUGUUGUCCUUUUGCCUUUGAUCUGGAUAAAAAAGGGAAAAAAGACUCAAACCUUGUGACUUCUGCUAUAUGGAUAUCUGGAACAUCUAUGGAAUUGCCUCUACUUUAUUUGCUUUGGCAUCUGUGUGGAAAAUGGAAGUGUCAAGUGCAGUAGACUGGCAUUCUCUAUGGGAAUAAAUUAUUUUAUUUCUAGUUGAGGUCAAGCUGAAGGGGAAAAAAUCAGUCGGCAUCUUAUGUAAACUUCUCUUUUUAAAAUGUUCAGAUCAGAUGGCAUCCAACAUAACAUGUUACAGAAUAAUGUAAUUAUUUCACGAAAGAGUAGGAACCUGGUGCUUUGCCUUGGGAGACGUACAGGAAAGGCAUUGUUACAAACUUUUUUAUAUUGAAAGGGGCUUCUGUGUCAACUAGACUGAAAAGUAAAGGUCUUGUUCACAUUUUCCAGAAUUGUAUCACUUUAUGCACAAUUAGGAUUCCCCCACUUCACCUUGCCAUAGUUUCUCCCAAUGUCACUACUACAAGAAUUCCCUAGUUAGUUUUUGAUAAUGCAAGUGAAUGGUUGGGUAUAUUAAAGGGCAGAAUAGUUUCUAGGGCUCUUUUGAAAACAGGGCUGUAAUACAGUGGCAUUAGUCAAAUAUAUUAUGCCUCAAAUCUGAUGUCUCUGGUUGGGUUGGAAUGGAAUUGAAACCCCACACAUCUGGGCGGUAUUAGCUUAGGAUGCCCAAGACGUGGGGAAAGCUAGACAUGGAUAAUAUAGAGGUUACAACAUGAUGUUUUAUCAGCGCUUACUAAUCCUUGUCCUUCUAUUCAUCUCCUGUUUAUCCAUGUCAGGCACAAGCAACCAGAGCUACACAUAAAUAGCUGAAGUAAAGAACUUUAUUGAUUUCUACCUAUAUUACAAGAUUUUCCCCAAACAACCUUCCCCUGGGAAUGACCAGAGCUUCAUGAAACUUGGGUGGAGGUCAAGCUUAUGUCUUAUGGGGCUGUACUCUAAGCUAGGCCCUUGCUUGACAAUCUUUUCCCCAAACUCAGCAUACAUUUUAUCAGUUAAUACUCCACUAUUCAUUCUGAAAAAGUCCCACAUCUCAUUGCACACUCAAGUAGGCAUAAUAAAUUCCUAUAUUUAGUUGUAACAAAAUGGCUGCUGUGAAACAUAUGUAUUGUUACAGUGCAAUAGGGUCAUGCAACAAUAUUGAAUAUUUAUUACUGAUGUGAAAUAGGACAUAUUUAAGAAAGUGGAGAAAAGUCAGCAAAAAGGAUGAGAAUUAGUUACUGGUUGAAGAGAUAAUCAGAUAUUGAAUUUUGAGAUGGCCAUCCUUUCAUUUAGGAGUGACAAAUAUUAUAUUACAUGGCUAACAAAAACAUAUUACAUGUAGACAUAGAAGGUUUAGGAUAUACAUGUCAAGUUAUUUUUGUUAUAAGAUAUGAUGAGAUAAAUUCAAAACUGCUGCAAAAAUGUGGAGGGGAUAUUUUAAAUCAUUAAAGGAGGUCAUGAAUAUAGAGCUCCUAAAUGUUUUGUAAUUGUAAUUUUAUUUUAAAGAGUUGACACUUAUUUUUCUAAUUGUUUCCAGAAUCAUUUUAAAUGUGUUUCACUUACAUUUCUUUUUUUAAAGCACCCUUUUGCAAUCUAGAAAGAUGCUGAUCUUGUUUCAAAAUCUGAACUAAAAUUAGAAAUGUGAAUAGUGGUGAAGUUGGAUUCUAUUAUGUCAUUUUUAGAAAUUGCUAAGUUAUACAUAUAACAGUGUAUGUCUAAAGCCAUAUAUACAUAUAUAUAAAUAUUUAUUAAUAUAUAUAUACAUACACACACACAUAUAUUAGUUCUUAUAUAAGUUUCACCAGUUUUUUUUUUAAAUGUCAGGAUGAUUAAUAUGAAAUAGACUUUGAGGAUUAUUUAAGUGAUCGCUGAAAAGUAAUACAUAAAGACAAAAGAAAAAGAAAAAUAUUGAAUGUUCAUUUUUGCAUACUGACUUUAAAACCAAUUUUGUUUAUACAAGUGUCAUUCUAGUUCAAUCUUCUCAAGUUUGCUGCCCUCAGUUAUGCUAGAACUGCAAUUCCCAUUAGAACCUAACUAAGAAUUCUGUAGUUUGCAGUCCUGAAAAACAUUAAGGGUGGCAGAUUGGGACAAGCUGCUUUAGUCUGAAGAAAAAGAUAUAUAGAAAACAAAAUUGAUGUGUCAGAGAUUGCCAAAAAGCACAUCUAUCCAUGGAAUAUGCACUUUCAUAAUUUCUGAAAAAGUGCAAUUCUGAUGGAAUUUCCUACUUUUGAUGACAAAUGGGGCAAAAUUGGAAUUAAAAGGGGUGCUACUCACAACACCUCUGAUAGUAGUGGUUUUUCAGCCCUGUUGUUUUCUAUAUUCCAGAUCUUUCUGUAGUCCAUAAUGUUUAGUCACAAGUAGAAAUGCUCAGCAAUCCCUUUGCCAAUCAAUGUUCAUUAAGAUCUCCCACUUUGCAUGUCCCAUCAGUUUCUCUCUUCUGGUGGUGAAUGAGAAGCCUUAAUGAUUGUUUCUCUUGGAAAUUUAUUUUUUAAUAAGGAAAUACUAUUUCAUUAUUCAGAAUAAACUUAACCAAUAAACGCCACCAAGCAAAUUGUGAAGGCUUUCCUCAUCAGGGGCAAUAGAAGCUGGCAUAAGGUCCUUAAGAAAGGCCAUUCAAGGGAUAAUUAAGAAGAUAUUUAUCAUUAAUCAUUCAGCAUUGAUC